CGCACGGCCUUCGGUCUCCGAUCCAAUGAGCUCCCCGGCGAGGUCGACGGUCUCGGCGGCGAGCGGAGGCGCCGCCGACGACGUCGCCGACUCCAUCGACGCGCUCUACCGCAAGGAUGAGGCCAUGGCUGAGCUCAAGUCGGAGGUGAUGGAGGCGCUGCAGAAGGAGGUGAGGUCGCUCGACGACGACAGCUGGAUGUUCGCCGUGCCGCGCUCCCGCAUCAACCUCGUCUCCAGGCCCGGUGGUUACCUGCCCAAGCAACAAGGGAAACUCGCGGAGCUGGGUCAAGCAUCCAAGAAGACUAGGAACUUCUAGGGCGGUAGAUGUUUGUGGUUGCAGGAAGCCUACUUCAUGAUGAUUAAUCAAGGCUGGGAUUCCACCUAGGCUUUGUAGUAUCAAGGAUGAUUUGAUCCGCAUUCAAUCCCCAUCAAGUUGAUUCCUGCUAAUUCAGUUUCAGGAACAUGGUAUUGUUCACGACUUGUGUCUUUCCUAUCUUUUGCAAAUUCAGCCUGCCUUGUUUUUUUGCUCA